UAUUCAGAGGAAUCAUUGUAUUGCUUUAUAAAGGUGAGUGGGGGCGCUGUUUCACAAGAGACACCGUUUUUUGUUUUUUAUUUGUUUUUUUAUUUUGUAUUUGUUAAAAUUGGAAUUGAGUUUUCAUAUUGCCUUUCGGUGCAUGGGUUGUAUACAUAUGAGAUUGGUGUAGGGCUAUGUUUCUUGGAAGUAGAGUUGCAAAGAUCCCCUUAGCUUAAUUCAGAAACCUAAUCAGCCUUUUAAUCGCCUAACGAAAAUGAUCCCAGAAACGAAACCGAAAAUAUUUCCCCAAGGCUUUAUAAUAAAUCUCAGUGCGACUCCAGCAAGUAAACGAUCAGUGUUGCAUCUUGUCGGAUGGUGUAAUCAUCACUUACAGUUGCAGUUUUUAGGUCUACCAUUCUAACGAUAUACAAAACAAGGCACAUUUUUACACUUCAAUCAAGAUGUGAAACAUGAGGAAAUAACUUCACUGUGCUCAGGUCUGUUAUUACUCUGCAUGUGCCGGGAAUUUGACAGUUGUUUGGACUUUCUCAUCGAGACAUGCUCUUUGCCCAGUGCUCAAAGCCUAAUCCUCAGUGAACCAAAGAGGAAGGCUCCAACGAGAAUAUGACGAGGAAGAGGGCGUGGAAGAGGGCCAGGGCAGAUGCCCAGAAGCAAACCCAUAAGAAAGGCAAGAGGCCUCAGAAGAAGGAGUUAGCAGCAGCUCAGCCCUCUGAGGCUAGUGCCUCACCAGGCAGGACUGAAGAACAAGAUGAGGACUGUAGUACUGAACUCAUACACAGAAAGAACGAGGAGGACACGGAUCAGGUUCCUCCAGAGACGGCCCAGAAGUCCAACGAUGACCAGGCAGCCAAAGCUCCAGAUGGGAAGAUGGAGAAACCCGAUGCCCCGAAUCAGAUGAAACAUCGAGGGAUACACGUACAAACGCAGACCGAUUUAGUCCCCCAGAUGACACAGGAAACCCAGACAGAUUUCACUGAGACCACAGUGCGGACACAAGGACAAACACAGCCUGGGACCAAAGCAGCCAGUGAGGGGACGGAACCCUCACCACCUGAGAGAGAGCCACAACAGGGCUCUCUGAAGAAAGAGGGAGACAUCAAGGGAAAACACAGUGACAAGGUGUCUGAGAAAGACAGGAAACAGGAGACAUCCGAGAAGGACACUGACACAGCAUCAGAGGGGACGAAUCCGCAAGUAACCUCAGAGAACCAGGAGGGAGACGUGGAGAGGAUGGACACUGAUGCAGACGGAGACCUGGGGUCUUCCACUGACCCGCCUGCAGGGAGAAAAUCAUACGCCCAGGCUACUGCUGGAAACAGUAGAACCAAAGAAACACAAAAUAAACCAAUCAGGUGA